AUGAAACGCACUACAGACCCAGCUGGAGGACCGCUACAAAAGAGAGCCAACACCGAGCUGCACGACCAGUCCGUCAUCGACGACGUCGAGAUCACCGACGCACUUCCCACCAUGUCUGCCACACCACAGCAAUCCGCUCCCGCCGACUCGAAGGACUUCUUCAAGCCCAUCGGAGAGCAUGUAGCUGACGAUGCAGCUGCCGGUGCUGAUGAUGGUACCGAGGCUGGCGAGCAAAAGAUGGUCGAAGAGAUCAGCUCGCUCUGCAUGGAUUGCCACCAGGAAGGCACUACGCGCAUGCUUCUCACCUACAUCCCCUAUUUCCGCGAGGUCAUCGUCGUCUCCUUCUCAUGCCCGCACUGUGGCAAUCGCAACAGCGAGAUCCAGUCCGCGGGCCAGAUCCAGCCCAAGGGCUGCCUCUACACCGUCCACGUCACCAACCCCACCGAUCUCAACCGUCAGGUUGUCAAGUCCGAGUUCUGCACCGUCACCAUCCCCGAGCUGCAGAUCGAGAUCCCACCCAAGAAGGGUCAGCUCACCACCAUCGAGGGUGUCAUUUCGGAUACUCUUCGUGACUUGGAGCUCGACCAGCCCUUGCGCAAGCACAUGCAGCCCGAAGCAUACGCCAAGAUCGAGCAGGUCUGCGACAAGUUGAGAGCCAUCCUCGGCGAGGACAAGCCUACCGAGGUUGAAGAGGCCGACAAGGACCAGCCGUCUUCCUCUGGUUUGCGCAGUCUCGGUCCCGUCGGUGGCAGCUCAUCUUCGAUGACGUCCGAGGAGAAGGCCAACCGCAAAGUGCCACCCUUCUCAAUCCGUCUCGACGAUCCAUCGGGUAACUCGUUCGUUGAGUUUAUGGGCGACAUUCAGGGCCGUGGCAUGUCUGACGCCAAAUGGAGCAAGCGUGACUACCCACGAUCCAAGGAGCAGAACGAGCUGCUCGGUCUUUCUGGCCCUGCUGCUGCUGGAAACGCUCAAGCCGAAGACGAACUCCACACCACUGGUUUCGACAAGGGCGCCGGCGAAACCGACUUUGACAACGAAGAGGUCUACACCUUCGCCGGCACUUGUUCGUCGUGUAAUGCACCCCUCGAGACGCGCAUGAAGAAGGUCAACAUUCCGUACUUCAAAGAUAUCCUCAUCAUGUCGACCAACUGCGAAAACUGCGGCUACAAGGACAACGAAGUCAAGUCGGGCGCCGCUAUCUCGGAGCAGGGCCGAAAGCUCACUCUCAAGGUCGAAGACAAGGAAGAUCUGUCGCGCGAUGUGCUCAAAUCCGAAACGGCUGGAUUUGCCAUCCCCGAGAUCGACCUGCAUUUGUCGCCAGGUACGCUCGGUGGCAGGUUUACCACGUUGGAAGGCUUGCUGCAACAGGUGUACGAUGAGCUGUCGGAGCGCGUCUUGAUGCGUGGUGACUCGUCGACCCAGGCCGCUACGUUUGAAGGCUUCUUGGGCAAGUUGAAGAGUGUGAUCAGUUGCGAGCUGCUGCCGUAUACUGUGAUUCUGGACGACCCGUUGGCCAACUCGUACAUCCAGAAUCCAUAUGCUCCCGAUCCGGACGAGCAGAUUAUCGAAGAGAAAUACACCAGGACAUACGACCAGAACGAGGAUCUCGGUUUGAACGAUAUCAACGUCGACAACUACCACCAGGAGGAGGCCGCUGCUGCACCUGCGACGGCUGCUUGA